GAAAUAAUCGUUUCGACAUGCAAUUGUUGAGUGGCUCGGCCACUAAGACAUCAUGGCGGGUGUCGUCGAUCCUCUCUCGCGACCACAAGGCGAAUGGCGCGCAGCACAUGUUUGACGGCACCGACAUCACGUGCUGGACCUCCGACCAUGGCACGCCGCAGCACGUGCUUCUAACGUUCCAUCGAAUCGUCCACGUCCGCCAGGUGCACGUGAUGUUUCAAGGUGGUUUUGUGGGGGAAGACGUUCGCUUCCUUGCCAGGACGACCGAGUCUCCCGUCGACUUCGUUCCAUUGCCUGUAACAGUGCACUUUACCGAUUCGAACGCGAUGCAGGCUGUGGACGUCUCAUGUGACAAUGCGACGCACUUGCUCGUUGUGUUUGGAAGGAGCAGUGACUUUUACGGCCGCGUCACCAUAUACAAGCUCGCCGUGUGGGGCCACGAAUGCAAAUAGUUUACACGGGAGCAUAGAAGUUCAUCGGCUGGUGUAACUACGACUGGGUCAAGAAGUUUGGAUGCGAGAAGCUGUGGGGCGUCGCCACAGUCUUGUCAUUGCGAUACUCGAUGUUUCCCC